AUGACCUCAGCUUUAAUCGGACUCAUCAUCGCCCUUCCACCAGCACGACACCCAACCAUCGAAAACCUACCAACAAUCAGAAAAUACCUUCAACUCCGACUACUUGAGAACUCAUCAUGGCUGCUGUCACUUCUGCCUCAGGUAUCUUGACCUUGCUGGAUGAAGAAGAAAUCCAGCUCAAGACCUAUGCACUCGAACAGCUGGACAAAUUGGUCUACGAAUUCUGGGCUGAAGUGGCUGAUGGAAUCUCGAAGAUUGAGGUCAUGUAUGAAGAUGAAUCCUUACCUGCUACCACAAGAUCUCUGGCUGCCUUGGUUGCCUCCAAAGUCUAUUAUCAUCUCGGAGACAUCAAUGAAUCUUUACAGUUUGCACUCGGAGCCGGUGACAGGUUUGAUGUCGAAAGGGUGGGCACUCUUGGUACCGACGGGGAGUUCGUAGAGACUGUUGUUUCCGAAUGUAUUGAUGCCUAUGUGGCCCUCUUUACUUCCCACGAGAGUACAAGCUCCCCCUCCGACCCGCUACCCCCGAUCCAAGUCGAUAAACGAAUGUCCAGCAUCGUCGAGAGGAUGUUCACUCGAUGUGUCAAUGCAGGAGAGUACCGCCAGGCGCUCGGAAUCGCACUCGAAAGCCGUCGAUUGGAUAUCAUCGAAUCAAUCGCCUCCCGUCACAAUUCCAAAGAGAACGACCUGCUUGGGUAUCUCUUAGAAGCUAGUCUCACCUCCAUCACUCGCAUCUCAUUCCGCAACGAUCUCCUCCGACUCUUGGUUCGUCUCCUCGGCUCUCAAGAGAGUGGACCUGACUACUUCAGUAUCACUCAGUGCUAUGUUUAUCUUGACGACCCUCAACCAGCCAGCGAGCUCCUCAACCAGUUGCUCUCUGAUGAAAAACAAUCCGAGAAACUCUUAAUUGCACUACAGAUCUGCUUCGAUCUUGCAGAAACGGCUACUCAAGAGUUUCUGGAGGUCAUCAGGACCAAGUUGGUCGGAGCUCCUCAGCAAAAUUCAAGCACCAAAACAGAAGGAGAUAUGGCGGUAGAUGCUGGGGAAGCAUCCACUCAGCCUGCUGCCAAUUCUCACAUUGAGCAAGCCCGCCGCAUUUUAAGUGGCGAGGAAACUAUCAAGCUUUAUCUCGAAUUUCUUUACCGAAACAAUCACGCCGACCUCCUCAUCCUCAAGCAGACUAAAGACGCGCUUGACGCCCGUAGCUCACUUUACCACAAUGCCGUUAGCUUUGCAAAUGCAUUUGCGAAUGCCGGGACAACCUCAGACAAAUUCCUUCGCGACAACUUGGACUGGUUGAGCAAAGCAAGCAAUUGGAGCAAGUUUUCUGCCACCGCCGGUCUCGGUGUUAUCCAUCGGGGCAAUCUCACCCAGGGCAUGGAAAUCUUACAGCCUUACUUACCUUCGCAGCAAGGCGCACCAGGCUCAAGCUUUUAUUCUGAGGGCGGUAGUCUGUUUGCUCUUGGCCUGAUCAAUGCUAACCAUGGUGGAGGCACUGUGUUGGAAUACAUCAGCAACGUAAUGAAAAACACCAGUAGUGAUAUUAUUGAGCAUGGAGCCGCACUUGGACUUGGUGUUGCUGGAAUGUCGUCCGGUAACGAAGAGAUCUACGAUGAUCUCCGAGAUGUUUUAUAUCAUGAUUCUGCAAUUGCUGGUGAAGCCGCUGGAUACGCGAUGGGUCUUUUGAUGCUGGGUAGUGGUUCAUCCAAAGCUUUGGAUGAGAUGUUGCAGUAUGCUCACGAAACUCAACACGAAAAGAUCAUCCGUGGCUUGGCUGUUGGGAUUAGUCUGUUAUUCUAUGGGAAAGAGCAAGCUGCAGACGGGAUAAUCGAAAUAUUAACUGCUGAUAAGGAUCCCAUUCUCCGGUAUGGCGGUAUUUAUACAAUUGCGAUGGCCUACGCCGGCACUGGGAACAACAAGGCGAUUAGACGUCUGCUGCAUGUCGCAGUAUCAGACGUCAACGAUGACGUCAGAAGGGCCGCUGUCACUUCUCUUGGAUUCUUACUUUUCCGAAACCCCAGCCAAGUCCCUCGAGUAGUCCAACUCCUGAGUGAAAGCUACAAUCCCAACGUACGUUAUGGCGCCGCACUUGCACUUGGGAUCGCAUGUGCCGGCACUGGAAUGGAGGAAGCCAUCAGUUUGCUGGAGCCGAUGACUAAGGACACCGUCGAUUACGUAAAACAAGGGGCCUGCAUUGCCCUCGCAAUGAUCCUUAUCCAACAAAAUGAGGUACUCAAUCCCAAAGCUUCCGUGGUUCGAAAAAUCUUUGAAAAGAUUAUAUCAGAUAAACACGAGGACGCAAUGGCUAAGUUUGGUGCAACAUUGGCUCAAGGUAUCAUCGAUGCUGGUGGUCGCAAUGUGACUGUAUCCAUGAGAAGUAAAAAUGGAAGCAAUAACAUGACGGCAAUCGUGGGGAUGGCACUGUUCAAUCAAUUCUGGUACUGGUUUCCCAUGGCCCAUUCAUUGGCGUUGGCAUUCACACCGACUGCCAUAAUUGGAGUUGAUCAAAAUCUACAGAUGCCCAAAUUCGAAUUUCAUUCAAACGCUCGCCCAUCACUGUUCGCCUAUCAACCUGCAACUGCUCCCCCUACUGCAGAAAAAGUCGAAAAAGUUGCGACGGCCGUUUUGUCGACUACUGCUAAAGUAAAAGCACGAGAGAAAACCAAAAAAGAAAGAUUGACUACAGAGGAUAUGGAAGUCACUCCGGCACCUGAAAGUCCAACCGCACUUCACGCAAGUGAUGCAAUGAAGAUUGACGAUGGACCGGGGUCAGACUCCACGAAAACGGGCAUGGAUGGAUCGAAAACAGAAAACGGAGUGACCAAAUCGUCGAAACGGAGAAAAGACGAUGGAUCGCUGGACAAGCUGUCGAAUCUCUCAAGAGUUACCGCGACUCAACUGCCUUACAUUACCUUCCCCGACGACUCACGAUACGUGCCGGUGAGACCUUUGCUGGCAUCUUCGGCGGCCCAAAAGAGCCACCAGAAGUUAGGCUUGACCGGCACCUCUACCAGCGUAGCCCAUGCGAUCCUAAGCCAAGCUGACUCUAUUGCGACCGGUGCUGGAGGCGGGAUCUUGAUAAUGAGAGACCGUAAACCAGAUGAGCCGGCAGAAUUUUUGGAAAUGAGCUCGUUGAAGAAUAUUGCCGCCAAUGCUGGUACAGCUGCCGCUGAUCCAGCCGGUUCAAAUAAUAACACUGCUGCUGGUGGCUCGGCUGAUCCCGAUCGAGCUUUGUUAGACGGUCCUAUCGCCGACUUGCCUCCUUCAUUUGAAUACAACUUCGAUUCGUAAACCUUAUAAUCCUGUUUUUUUUCAUUUGAUUUGUUAGCCUUAAAUAUGCUUAUCCUUUUUUCUUAGCAAGACAAAAAAAGUGGCUUCCUUUUUUAAUGCAUUGUUAUAUUUUUGUUUUCUUCAGUUUUCUUCAGGUACGUGUGGUGUACAUAGUAACCAGAACAAAAAAAAGGUUAUGUGUGGAGAAAAUUGACUGAAUGACUUUUGGAUGAACAGAGAUUCCUUAAGAAAUUCAACUGUCCUGCUUACCCAGUACCCAUCAGUAGAUGACAUAAUUUAUAUUCAUUACAGUUUUUGCUAUGAUGAAAGAAAUGAAACAGAGGAGGAUGUUGAGCAAAGAUCCA